GUCAUCUUCCUGCCUUUCCACAAUGCAUUCCCUGUAUUUAGCGGCACAUGUCUAUUUCUGGUGGAAUUAUCUGAGGCUGGCUGCGAACACGCCCUUGACGAUCCCUUUUUCCUUCCCCCAAAUUCCCAGUACGCAGAUUCGGACAGCGGUGAUGACUCUGACAAGCGCUCGUGCGAGGAGAGCUGGCGGCUCAUUUCCUCCCUGCGCGAGAAGCUACCAGCCACCAAAGUGCAGACGAUUGUGCGCCGCUGCGGCCUGCCCAGCUCGGGCAAGAAGCGGGAGCCGCUGCGGGUGUACCAGAUUCCACAGCGCCGACGGGCAGCCAAGGACCCCCGCUGGCUGACUUUGGCCGAUCUCAAGAUGCAGGCGGUCAAGGAGAUUUGUUACGAGGUGGCCCUGAACGACUUCCGGCACUCCCGCCAAGAGAUCGAGGCCAUGAGCAUUGUCAAGAUGAAGGAGCUCUGCCGACUCUACGGCAGGCGCGACCCCAACGAGCGUGACAGCUGGCGAGCCGUGGCCCGGGACGUCUGGGACACGGUGGGCGUGGGUGAGUCGGAGGGCCCUGGAGGAUGCGGCGUAGGGACUGGGAGCGCGGAGACCCGGGCCGGCACACCGGGCGUGGAAGUCAGCGACCUCCGAGCGCAUAUUGACAAGCUGACGGACAUUCUCCAAGAAGUGAAGAUCCAGAACAACAUGAAGGACGAAGAGAUCCGGGCGCUGCGGGACCGGGUGGUUAAGAUGGAGCAGGUCAUCCCCAUCUCGACCCAGGAAGACGAAGACCUGGAGAACGAGUGGCGGUCCCUGCUCUCGGCACAGGAGGGCCACGUCCUCGCGGCCGAGGGGGAGCCAAGGGAGCAGGGGGGCGGCCCGGCUCCCCAGGAGGAGGAGGGGUCCUCGUGCUCGGACCGGGUCUCCCGCCUGAUGAAGAAGGACCCCGCCUUCCGCCGGGGGCGCCUUCGCUGGCUCCGCCAGGAGCAGCUGCGCCUCCAGAACCUGCAGCAGCAGCCUCUGCAGCAGCGCCGGGGCCACGGCCGCUUCAUUCCUCCACAGGACUGCAAGCUGCGCUUCCCCUUCAAGAGCAACCCGCAGCACCGCUACUCGUGGGGGCCCAGCACCGCCUUCAUGGUGGGCGGCAAUGGCGAGGAGCAGGAAGGGGCACCCGGCGAGGAGAGGCCUCCGGCCCCCAGCCCUGACCCUCACCGCAGCCCUGCUCCUCUGCCAGAGCUGCCUGCCCGCCGCCACUCCCUGGAAGGCGGGCCACGGGGCAGGCGCAGCCGGGGCCAGGGGCAGGGGCAGGAGCAGCACCCACCACGCAGGCAUAACUGUUACCCCUACCAGCACCAGCCCUACCCGCAGCGCCGGCCUGGGGGCCUGGAGAGCCCCAUCCCGCCCCGCAUGCGCCGACAGAGAUCGGCACCCAACCUGCAGCAGGAGCACGCUGGCACUGAGUGAUUCUGCGAGGCGGCUGCUCCCGUGCCCCCUUCUCCAGUGGGCAGUGGGGAGGAGCCCCCCUGUCUCGACAGGAGCGGAGGUGGCUGAGCGCAGCACCCAGUGGGCAGAGGGCUGCUUCUGCAGGUUGCAGGGGCCGCGGCAAGGGCCGCGUGACGGAGUUUGCUUGGAGCGGCGGUAGUAUUUAUAGGGCUGGCGUGGAGGGCUUGGAGCCCCUGGGUGGAGGGCAGGAUGCGGCGCUGCCUCGGAGCAGCUGCAGGAGAGUGCAACCCCCCCUCUGCCCUGGAGCAGCCGUGGG